AUGCACCUUGCCCGUUUUCUGUCAUUUUGGAUUAAGACGCCGCGCUACAAGAAACAUAUCGUCGCCCACUACGGAGCAACCAGCGUCACGAUUCGUCGUCGCGACUCCACCGAGUUUCUCAGCCUCGUCAAACCAUCUAACGCUAAGCGACACCCACAGGCAGACACCGCCUCGGAAGCGGCUCUCAACAGGCAGGCAACAGUGGAGCCUGGGCGGAAGUCAUUUGCCAAACCCUCUUUAUCGGACCAAGAGGUCGAGAAGCUGCUCAAGGACGGCUCAUCCUUGCAGAGGGGAUGGUGUCGCUUGUGCGGCUCAAAGGGAGUUACUAUGGGCUGCUGUGCCGUUGGCAGCCUAACCUUGACAGCUGAAAUAUAA